AUGGCAAACUGCCUUGCAGCUCCUAGACGGCCACUUCUGGCACUGCCUUUCCUUCUGCCCUCUCCUUACGAGUGUGUCACCCUAGGUUUGCGACGCAAUCAGUCUUCAUACAGGCGCACAAAGCAGCGUCUACGUGUCAAGCCAGAUGCCUCAUUUGGCUCCUCUGUGAGCCAUUCUCAAGAGGACCAUAUUAUCUACAACCCACCGUCAAGUGCGCCGUCCGUCUACCACACGCCCACUAAAUUUUUGCCCUCUGAUGAUAUCCGGAGAAAUUUGCGCAACGCGUCUGUCAAGGGUAGCAACGCCGAAUCACUUCCCCUCGCAGUCAAAGUGACCACCGAGAAAAAAUACCAUCUAAACCCAUCGGAUAUAAGAGAGAUUCGCAGGCUCAGGGCCACUGAUCCAAUGACAUGGAGUCGGUUGAAGUUGGCCAAGCGCUUCGACUGUUCCCCAAUGUUUAUUGCAAUGGUCUGUGAGGCUAGUCCAGAGAGGAAAGAAAUCCAGAAGCGUAUCUUGGAAGCUGUGCAAUCAAGAUGGGGAUCGAAACGUCGGAUGGCCAGAGAAGACCGACAGCUGCGGAAGGAGACAUGGGGAAGGGAUCAGUAA